AUGCUCGGCGUGGGAGAGGAGGAAGAGGAGGAGCCUCCAGACGACGACCCAGAGGAAGCGGAGGCCUUGGCGCAGAUGGCCAAGGCCAUGGCAGCGCACCCCGGGGCUGUGCUGGGCCCGGAGGACGAGGAAGGACCCCCCGCCUCCAGUGCCAUGGACAAAAACGCCGCGAGCUCCAAGCCGGCGGAGGGGGACAUCUUCGCCGACGGCGCCACCGAGGAGCCAGACGAGGAGGCGGCCGGCCUGAAGCGAUGGGACGCCACCCAUGCGGCAGGGGCCUUGGCCUCGGAGCUCUUCGAGGGGCUGGGGCCCACCAAGGAGGAGCUGGGCCAAGGCCCUAGCCUACUUGGCGGCCUGAUGAAAGAUGUGGGCGGCCCGGCUACUCUGCCCCCUGAGCUUUUCCGGCGCCGGGAGGUCUUGGACAUUGUGGAUGCGCUUCUGCUGACUUUGGAGCCGGUGCCGGGGCAGGAGCCUGCGCCGCGGCCGAAGGCUGCUCCAGAGGACCCCCAGCGGCGCAAGGAGCAGCGCCAGACGCAGGCGCUCCAGGCGCAGGCCAAGGCGCAGGCGAGCGCCCAGCAGCAGCUGGCGGCGUUGAGGCAGCAGCGGGCCACCAGGUACCAGGAGCAGCAGGACACGGCGCUGGCGCAUCACCUCAGCAGCUCCCACGCUGAGCAGCCCUUCGAUGCCAUCGCCGCUUUGAAUGAGAGCCGCGGGGCGGUGUACUCCUUUGUCACCUGCACCAGUUGCGGCACCUCCUUGCGCUACAACUCGGCCACCCACGCGCAGGCGGUGUUGUGCCCCUGCGGGAACUUGAUCCAGCCCGAGCACCUCACGGGCCAGGUCUUCCGGCGGCGCGCGCCCUCGGACCUGCCCCUGGAGCCCGGGGAGCCGGUAGAUCAACACAGCCGCCCUCGUGCAGUGGGCGGGCCCAACAUCCAGGUCGCCGGCCCGGACGGGUCUCUGACGCAGAUGCCGCUCUACUCCGUGCUUCAGAUGGUGCGGCAGCACGGGGAGCAGCAGCAGGUGGGCGCCGACGGCCAGACCAUCCAGGCGCUGCCAACACGCAAGUUCGACGGCAAAGGAGUUGCCGACAGCGAGCGCUGCGAGAUUUGUCAAGAGGACUUUGAGGAGGGCGAGGAGCUGCGCACCCUGCCCUGCUUCCACCUCUUCCACUCCAAGUGCGUGGACCAGUGGCUGCAGGUGAACAGCAUUUGCCCUAUCUGCCGCCACAAAGUCGGGAGCUGAGCCCCCGGCUGCGAAGAAUUGGGGCAUCCGGAGAGUGAGCAAUUCAGAAUUUUCCGGCGGGUCGGCGGCGGCCCGUGCGAUUCGGCGCAGAAGACAGCACUUCGGGAAAUGGUCUUUGGAGC